CUCCCAUACAGUAUUCAGCUUAUGCAAGGUGCAUGUUUCUAUUCGUACAUUAGAUUUGUUUGAACUACAGUCGUAGUUUCCUGCUAGUUUCGCAGUACCAGAACUAGUUCGGGCUCGACGGUUCCUGAGCAUUCAUAUGUGUGUAUCCGCAUCAUGCACAUGCACAUGCAAGGACAGCACGUUGUGUCAUCUACUUGGUUUUCUUUUGAUGCCACGCGCAGAGGAAUCCUUUUUCUCCGGUAGUUGUUCUGGUCUCGCUUCACAACAUGGUACAGCGACGUUCCACCUCAAGUAGUGGUAGCCGUGCGGCGUCUCGGCACAAAGUUCUCGGCGCUGCUUGCCGACGUAGUGGAAGAAAAAGCGUCGACUCUCCGAGACUCGAGUUUUCGAGAUUACUUGGUACGCAUAGGCAUACGGUAGUCCUCAGCGCUGUGCUCGCGCUAGGCGUGGCUUUCCUGUUAUGUCUCUUGUGGUCUAGUUCACUACCACCAUCAAGCGAACAGCAUUUCGCUGUCGGUGCGCAGGCAACGUCGAGCCCCGCGAAAGCUACGUCAAGCGGGUCAUUUCGUGCCGCAGCAAGGCCUAUUGAGGACACGACGUGCGCGGUGGAGGUGGUCGAUGAAGCCAAUUCCAAGCAGCUUUCAUUGAUUCUGUCUGCGCUUACAGAGACGCUGUUUUUUCGCCUUUUCAAGGUGGACAUGCACGCGAAAUGCCAGUACGACUUCAAGAACAACAGGUGGAUGGACGAUGCGUUCCUUGAACAGAAUGCGCUGUUUGGAGACUCGACGUCGUCGUCCUCAGUGAGCGAAAGAGAAGAUACGAAUUCUUCUUCCGCGUCCCCUUCUAGUACAACAUCAAUGACGUCGUCGUCGAACAGCGAGGAAGAUGACUUGGACGAUGAGGACGACGAGGUCGAUUCUGCAUCACCAGGGACGCCGUCCACAGUGAGUGAGGCGGCGAAGAAGGUCAUAGCCGCCGUCUCGGGAAAGAUCGGAGAAACGUCGAACAACAGCUCAAGUUCUUUGAAAAUAGGACUUCCCGAGUCGGAGCACGAAGACAGUUUUCAAUGUACAGGACCGCCAAUGCUGGACAGCGCAGCACCAGAGGUGUCUCAGUUGAUGAAGAAGCCGGGGAAUCUGAUGAGCACAGAGCGACCGCAGUCGGCCUGCACGGUUACCGGUGAAGCCGACGGCUUCCAGUUUGGCGGAAGCAAGGAAAACAAGCAGUUGGCGGCGUCGGGUGGCAGUCGCGUGGACCGUGCUAAAACCGAGGAGGAAGCUGAAUUCAGCCGCAUGGUCGCAGCGCGUAGUUGUGCAGAGGAUGCGCCAGAGUUUUGGCUCGACAUGUGCAGUAUGGUCAGCACCCGCGGUCCCGACUUUAUCAACCUCUUGAAAAAUCCUGAAACCAACACGGGGUAUCAGGGACGGCACAUCUGGGAAGCCAUGUACAGUGAGAACUGCUUUUCGCACCACAUUUUGAAAGUGAACGGUCUAGAACAAGACGAGCAAAGGGCAGGCAGCAUGAAUGCCUUCACUCAGGUUAGAAGAGGACAACUAGAAGCGUCGAAGAAAGCCGCGACUUUGUCUUCAGGAGAAACCGCCGCGCCUCUGCGGGAUUUGAACGAUACUAGUGCCAUCGAUCGGCGGGAACACGAGACCGACGGAGAAGGCAUGUGCUUCGAAGAGCGCGUGCUCUAUCGACUACUGUCCGGAGUGCACAGCUGCACGUCCAUCUCCAUCUAUUACAACUACUACCCGCCCUCCGCGCCACCGCUGGCUUCUGCGGGCUCAUCGAGCGGUGCGGAUGGGGCUGCACAGGCUGUUGCGCCUUUAUGGGGAAAGAACCCGGAACGCUUUAUGGAGGUGUUUGCGCGACAUCCGGACCGUCUGAAAAACUUGUAUUUUGCUUUCAUUGUGCUCUUGCGCGCAACCAAGAAAGCCGGGAACUUCUUUGAGGCGUACAAGUACAACACGGGGGAUGCGCAAGAGGAUGCGAAGAUUGCUACCCUAAUGCGCCGCCUUCUAGACAGCGACAGCUUGGCGUUCUGCCACUCAGCGUUUGAGGGGUUCGAUGAGAAAUCGAUGUUCCUGUCCAAAGAAGUCUCAAGGCGCGAGUUCAAACGAGGGUACCAUGCAAUAACAAUUUUUUCCGACUAGUCGACUUCAACAUGAUCGCUGGACUUGCUUGUUUUUUGAUUAACUACUCAACCACUCGCUUGUUUUUUGAUUAACCACUCAACCACUCGAUUCCUUUUUAUCACUGUAAACUAUAUUUUCUUGUUCUUCGUCGAUAUCUACUUGCUCCAAUAAUGAAUUAGAAUUCAUCUUUUCAUCAACAGGUUCCAGCGUAUAUCCGCAUUGAUGUCGUGUGUGAAGUGCAGUCGAUGCAAGUUGCAUGGCAAGCUGCACAUCCUAGGAAUCGGAGCGGCCUUGAAGAUUUUGCUUUUGACGGAGGACCUUCUGCCCACGUCCCUGUCGCGCGAGGAGAUUGUGGCGCUGUUUAACACGCUGCAUGCUUUUUCGCAGGCUCUCCAGCACGCGAACUCGCUGUUGCAACUCUAUGUAAGAAAGCAUUCACGCAGAAAGAAGGGACGUCGGAGUAGUGCGGCCUUGCCCGAUGUCGAUAUGACCACGUUGGUUGAGGGAACCGACGACGAAUUGGUGAAGACCAUGGAACAGAGUGGUGAUAGCCCUGAACCUUCUGCGGGAGAAAACGAUGAGCGAGAUGAUGGCUCGCGUGGGAGCAGUCGUGGUAAGGACAGGGAUUCUUCUAGAAAUAAUACUGACAGCAAUGAUGAAGAAGAAGAAAAAGGGCUAGGAGAAGUUCCUGGUAGCGACGACGAUCGUCCGUGGCCAGACCAAUUGACAGAAACGCUAGCGAGGCUUCGAACGCUUUUGCAGACGGUAAAGGACGAGGCCUCGUCGGAGGAUGUUGCUAUCCUGCGUGGCGCGCAGGAAGAGAUGGCGCGGGCGGUUGCGGUAACCGCGGCAGCCCAUGCAUCUUCCUCGCCAAAGAGUGCGUUGAAAACAGUAACGUCUGCUGCUUCACCUGAGGAACUGACGCUUACGGCUGAUGCGGUUGUUGUCGGCUCUGGGUUGGCCGGCAUGUCCGCAGCUCUGUCGGCCUUGCAGCGGGGAGCGAGUGUUGUUAUGCUGGAAAAAGAGCCACGGCUUGGUGGGAAUAGCGGAAAAGCAAGCUCUGGGAUCAAUGGUGAGCUGUGGGAAGAGCGUUUGAAUGCUGAGGCAAUGAACGUCGAUGAAAACGUUGCACUGCGGUCUUUCUUCCACGAUACCAUGAAGUCGGGGGCCGGUCGCGCCGUCCCAUCGCGCGUUCGAACCUUGGUAGAGCAGUCCGAUGAUGCACUCAAGUGGUUACAGGGCCAGGGCGUGGACCUCGGGCUCAAGGCGGUUCUCGGCGGACAUUCUGCGCCGCGUACGUACCGGCCGAGCACGGGCAAUUUCAUUGGCACGGAGGUCAUUCUCGUACUCGAACGGCGUCUGCGCGAGUUUGAAGCACAAGGGAAGCUCACAAUCUUGAGCAAUUUGAAGGUAGAAGGAUUGCUCACAGAGCUUUCUAGUAGUGGAGCAAGUAACGCUCACACAUUAGAAGAGAAAACAGUAUCUUCUAGAAGUACGAUCGCAGGAACCUCUGGUGCGUCUGCGGACAACUACAAGUCCAAAAUGCCACCACGUGUUCUUGGCGUGCAUGGACAGUUUGCUACAGGCGAAGCGGCGGCUUCAAAGAAGAUUCGGGUGUUUGGACGUGACGGAAUCGUUCUCGCCACGGGUGGUUUCGGUCACGACCACUCGCAGGCAGGAAGUCUUCUGUAUGAGCACAGGCCAGAUUUGCGUCAGUUUCCGACGACACUGGGGAAAUGGACCACUGGCGAUGGAAUCCGCAUGGUCCUUUCCUUUCCCGGCACGCGACUAGUCGACAUGCGCUAUGUGCAAGUACACCCAACAGGUUUUGUGGAUCCCCGUGAGCCGCUGGCAGGAACAAAAACUCUGGCUGCGGAGGUUCUGAGAGGUGUCGGUGGGAUUUUGCUUUCGGAAACUACAGGAGAGCGCUUCUGCGACGAACUAGGAACGAGACAGUACGUCGUGGACAGAAUGCUGGAGGCACAAGGACAAGCAAAGGAAGCAUCAAAACCUUCUUCAGCUUCAUCAAAGAAAGAGAAGCAGUCUUCUACUUCUUCAUCUGCAGUAGAGUCGAAGAGUGGUUCUGUGCGUCCCUUUUUCAUUCUCCUAGGUGCUGACGCGCAAGAAGCUGCGAGCCGGCACAUUCAGCAUUACACGCACAAGGGCCUUUUGCACUACUUCGACUUGACGCCUCCCAGUGGGACAUCAAACAGUGAGGAGGCAAACGAGGCAGUUGCGAAAGCUCUCGGAGAGAAGAGCGCGAAGAAAAUGCGAGAAAAGCUGCUGCAUGGUGUCUCCAUAUAUGCGACGGCGGCGGAGAAAGGAGUGCCAGACGCAUUCGGAAAGCAGAAAUUCUUGAACAUCCCGAAAACGACAGAUCGAAUAGUAGUAGGAAAAAUAGUUCCAGUAGUUCACUACACUAUGGGUGGUGUCGAAGUGGACGAUUUGCACAGAGUGGUAACGCACACUGCAGUAGAAGCAGCAACAACUUCCUCGCCGACGAAAAGCAAAGCAGUAAGGGAGAACGCCAAUGCUGCGGGGAAUGAAGAAACCUCGGCACCAGUUGGCGAUUACCUUCCAGAUGAGCGCCUACCGGAAGAUGUAGGAGAAGCUGACACACCGAGGAUAGUUGUCCCCGGACUCUAUGCUGUCGGAGAAAUCGCAGGCGGCCUCCACGGAAAAAACCGACUAGGCGGCAACUCACUUCUGGAGUGCCUCGUUUUUGGUCGUCUAGUUGGUCAACGCAUCGGUGAUGCUGUGGCGAAGCGGCAAUCACUAGCACGUAAUUUCGAUCAGAUGCUUGACGCAAGACUGGCUAGUAUCGCAGCAACGCAGAAGGGAACCGGUGGCAGAGAACCGCGGUCACUGAAGAGGAGGAAACAAGCUCCUAAGGACAAGCCUUUGAGGGAGAUCGACGAGUCAGAGCUGCAGCUGCAUAACAACACCUCAGAUUGUUGGGUGCAGCUCUACGACGAGGUAUAUGAUCUCACAGUAUAUGCCCGUAUCCAUCCCGGCGGCGAGGCGUCGAUAUUCGAGCUAUGCGGUCAGGAUGGAACGGCGGCAUUCGAAGCAAUCCACGCCCGAUCGAUGUUGAAAGAUGGUGGUUUUAAAGCCUUGGGAAAAAUCGCUCAACAAGGGAGCGCACCGUCUUCAUCGGACUAUAAAACUACCAGCAAGGUGGAACAGACUUCGACGACCUCCUCCUUUUCGACCGCAACACAACAGGGCUCAUCCUCGACGACAAAACGUCCCACUAGCAUGUCCCCAACACGCAAAGCGGCGGCGAGCAGACAAAAGGAUGAACUUUGAUCAUUUUUGUCUCCCUUUUGGACCGACAUUAUUGUUGAAACACAAACUGCAGAUGUUGUAACAUACGUCAGCAGAAAAACCUUUAUUCCUCGCCCCCAUCGAUACCAUAUCCGCCCUGAUGUUUGUCGAACGUUGAUAAGUUUUCAUCUCAACAAAGAGAUGUGUGCUGAGGAU